AUGAAGGGAAUAAGAUGGUAUGCUUUAGAUCCUCGAGAGAAACAUUGCAUUGAAAUUAAAAGAUAUUUAAGGUAAGCAAUCGAAUUUGCUGGUAUAAAAUUAGCAAUCAUUUUUCUAAUUGACUUGCUUGUGUAUUUUUUAUCAAUAUUAUCGAUUCCUAAACUAAUAUUAUUGUUGAUUUAAAUUAUACCUGUGCUAUUGUACCUAGAAAACAAUAUUCGAUAAUUAGUUUAUGUUGGAAAGAUUACCUAAACAGCUAUUUAAUAUGAAACUAAUGUAAAAUAGAAUAGACAAUUUUUUAUUUACAAUCUAAAAAGAGAUAACAAUGUAGGAUUUUCUACUAUUAUUGAUUAAAUUAAAUUAACCUUAUAGGCUUUGCUUUUCAGUUUUUUGCUAUUGCUUCAAACUUCAUUAUUUGACAUCUUAGUAAUAAUUUUGCCUGAAAAUACAAUAAUCUCAUUUAUAAUUAAACACGUCGAUUAUUUACUUUAUGCCGUUUAUAUAACAACAGGUUAUAUUUCAUUAAAGAUUCCUUACUAGGAUCACUUGCCUUAUUAUUUGCAUACCUACAUAGGAUAUUUAAUAGGUUAUUCAGUCAUAUUAUCAUAUAUUUUAAAUGUCUAUUUUAGUUUUCCAAAACUAGGUAUAGUUUUUUCAAUUUUAUCUCCAAUAUGCUUAUUAAGAGAAUUUUAGAUUGAUGCCCCUUUAAUCACAGAGAUAGAAGAGAAAUCAUUUAGUGAAAGUAUGAAAUGAAGCUUAUUUAGAUGUUGAUCUUUUGAUUAAAAAUUUUUUAGGUGAAAAUGGAAUACCGAGAACAUCAUAUGAACAUCAUUUGAAAAUGGCAGAAAAUGAUAAAGUAUAUAAAACUAAGUUAAGAAAAACUAUUGGAUGGUUCACACUAGCAAGAGGAUUAAGACCAUAUGUUAUAAAUCCAUUGAAUAAAGCGAUUAUUAUAUUUAUGAAGAUAUACAAUUCUUUAAUAGGAAUUGCUUGNAAUAAAGUCAAUUAUAUAAUUAAAAUGUAAUAUAUACAAACUUAAUCAAUACUUUUCCUUUAUGGAUUAUUUGAUAGUAUUAAAUUCAUGAAGGGAAUAAGAUGGUAUGCUUUAGAUCCUCGAGAGAAACAUUGCAUUGAAAUUAAAAGAUAUUUAAGGUAAGCAAUCGAAUUUGCUGGUAUAAAAUUAGCAAUCAUUUUUCUAAUUGACUUGCUUGUGUAUUUUUUAUCAAUAUUAUCGAUUCCUAAACUAAUAUUAUUGUUGAUUUAAAUUAUACCUGUGCUAUUGUACCUAGAAAACAAUAUUCGAUAAUUAGUUUAUGUUGGAAAGAUUACCUAAACAGCUAUUUAAUAUGAAACUAAUGUAAAAUAGAAUAGACAAUUUUUUAUUUACAAUCUAAAAAGAGAUAACAAUGUAGGAUUUUCUACUAUUAUUGAUUAAAUUAAAUUAACCUUAUAGGCUUUGCUUUUCAGUUUUUUGCUAUUGCUUCAAACUUCAUUAUUUGACAUCUUAGUAAUAAUUUUGCCUGAAAAUACAAUAAUCUCAUUUAUAAUUAAACACGUCGAUUAUUUACUUUAUGCCGUUUAUAUAACAACAGGUUAUAUUUCAUUAAAGAUUCCUUACUAGGAUCACUUGCCUUAUUAUUUGCAUACCUACAUAGGAUAUUUAAUAGGUUAUUCAGUCAUAUUAUCAUAUAUUUUAAAUGUCUAUUUUAGUUUUCCAAAACUAGGUAUAGUUUUUUCAAUUUUAUCUCCAAUAUGCUUAUUAAGAGAAUUUUAGAUUGAUGCCCCUUUAAUCACAGAGAUAGAAGAGAAAUCAUUUAGUGAAAGUAUGAAAUGAAGCUUAUUUAGAUGUUGAUCUUUUGAUUAAAAAUUUUUUAGGUGAAAAUGGAAUACCGAGAACAUCAUAUGAACAUCAUUUGAAAAUGGCAGAAAAUGAUAAAGUAUAUAAAACUAAGUUAAGAAAAACUAUUGGAUGGUUCACACUAGCAAGAGGAUUAAGACCAUAUGUUAUAAAUCCAUUGAAUAAAGCGAUUAUUAUAUUUAUGAAGAUAUACAAUUCUUUAAUAGGAAUUGCUUGA